AAAUGCUGUGGCUUUUGAAAUUCCCUUUUACCUAUAAAGAUGCAAGUACCUUGAGCACUUGGAUUCAUCAUGUACGCUCAUUAUUCCAGUAUAAUAUGAAUUCGAUUGUAGACAUUGGAAGCGCUCGCGUCAAUUCCUUCAUAGCUAAUAAAGACAACGGCUUCAGCGUUCGCGGUAUUCUGGAGACAUUCUUGGAUAAUGAGGGGAACAUGACGAAAAUUAUUGGUCUUCACACUGAGCGGGCGCAGAAAGUAGGCCAACAGAGUAAAACAACCUUGCUCCAGCUCUGCGAUGGAGACCAUUGCCUAAUUGUUCAACUUCCUGUUGGUGGAAAUCUUCCUUCCGGUCUCCUCAAUUUUCUCAACCUGCCUUAUAUCACAUUCGUUGGAAUUGGCAUCAACAAGACUCUGAUGAAUCUCGAGAGCGAGUUUGGGUUGACCUGCAACAAUGCUGUUGAGAUCGGACCCUCGUCGUGGGACCUUUUAAACAAGACUGAGGAGAAAUGCCGUAUUGUCCGUCAGUUUGUCUCUUUUAGCAGCAAUCCUUUUUGUACCCUCUCCCCGUUUGUCUCUUUUAAGUAUCAAACAAGUGCCGUCUUCGAGGAUUGGGGCUCCUACAGACUUAGCCAGAAGCAGAUCAAUCUUGCAACCGCCAAUGCUUACUUUGCUUUCAAAAUUGGGAACGUGCUCAUGGCUGAGUAUUGAUUGAGUCAAGACGUCUGGUUGUGUUUCUUUGUUUGCUUUGUUUUGUUAAGUACUUGGAUAAUAAUAAUAAUGGAAGCUGGUUUUAUGUUUGCAUUUUAGUGGUCGACUACAUGGACGAAUCU